GGGCUUGGAAAUCUCACGGGAAAGCUUUCAGGGAAGAUGUUCUGCAGUAGCACGGUGAUCCUAUGUUUUUAUUCAGUGGAGUAUUUCGCGUUCUGGUGCCUGCUUCUCUCUUUGCCCGUGUUACUUUAUCACGGACACCACAACGCGGGCUGGUGGUGGCUGCCCGGGGCGGCGGCUCUGGCAAGGAGUGGUGCCCUAGGCGGAGGUAACCCCCCACCCUCUGCACCUCAGUGUCCCGCGGCCCAGGGGGCGGCCCUAGCCGGACCGCCCGCGCCCCUGCCCCGGCCGCGGCGAGGAGGAGGAGCGCCCUCCCCCGUGCGGGCCGGCGGGGCGGACCGCGGCUGCCCUCCGCCUCCCGGCCCCCCGCCGGGCGCCGGCUUUAAAUGCGGAGCGACGCGGCGGCGCUCCCCGCCACCACCGCUGUCACUCCCGCUCCCGCAGGCGGCCGCCGCCAUGGCCGAGGCUUUCUGCGGUACCUGGAAGCUGGUGGACAGCCAGAACUUCGACGAGUACAUGAAGGCGCUGGGAGUGGGUUUUGCAACCCGACAGGUGGGGAAUGUGACUAAACCCACUGUGAUUAUCAGCACCGAGGGGGACAAAGUAGUGAUCAAGACUCAAAGCACUUUCAAAAACACAGAAAUCAGCUUUAAACUUGGAGAGGAGUUUGAUGAAACUACCCCCGAUGACAGAAAUUGCAAAUCAGUUGUGACCCUGGAUGGAGACAAGCUAGUGCAGGUACAGAAGUGGGACGGGAAAGAGACGACCUUUGUGAGAGAAAUCAAGGAUGGCAAAAUGGUAAUGACUCUCACCUUUGGUGAUGUGGUUGCUGUUCGCCACUAUGAGAAAGCGUAGAGUUUACCUGACCUCUGUCCAGAUGUUACUUCUGCUGGAUGGAUUAACGUACUGUCCAUAAUCGAACGUAGCUAAAAUGCACAUUUCGGGCAUGAAAGGUUAAUAAAGAGUUUGAGGGAGGUGUGGAGUUUUUUGUUAAAAAAGAACAACUUUAUGCCAUCAAGUUGGCAAGCUUGUGCUGUAUAGUGAAAUAGGUUAAACUUGGCAUUAAAUUUCUGAAACACUUGCCUUUUUUUUUUAACAGUAAAUGGAACAUAUUUGAAUUGUUUUGGAAUGCUGAUCGAACAGAAAUUAAAAAGUUUUUUAAACCUGUG